AUUAAAACCCGCUGAGAUUGAGAAAUUCAAGGUUGCCUUUUUAUGCAAGAAAGUCUUUUUUGUUCUCAUUGUCAAUGGAGAGGCAGAAGUCUUUCGAAGUUAUCGAUUAUGAUGAUAAAAAUUUAUGUUUAGAAAAUGAUAGUCCAUUCGAAAGUAUCGACUUGGUAUCGGAGCAAGCUAAUCCAAAUGAAUCACCUUCUUACACUGAACUUUCGGAGUCUGACAACUCAGAAAAUUCUCUUUCCAUAUCGACUUCCGAUUUCGUUAAACUCGACUUGAACCGAAACCAUGCUAUCAUCACACAACCCUCUCCAUCCUGUAACUUGGAUCAGUUACUCUGUCUCAGCGUACAGGAAACGAAAGAAUCACCUAUUGUAGGCGAACAGUCAUGUACCCAAUCUUCGACGCCAUCUGAAAUUCAUAUCUCUGAUCGGAUACAUUUUUACUUUCAUGAUUUUCUCAUAGGAGGCAUAAUUUUCAGUUUACUUGUAGGUCACAUGCUUUAUUCUGAACAAUGUAAUAAAACGUAUAUUACUGAAUCAAAAAUAAUCGCAAAUUGUGAAAACGAACAUAAUAAAUUAUUAAAAAAUAUUUCUUUCUUAUCGACUGAAAUUUUAGAAAAAGAUGCAGCAUAUCGACAUUUGGAAAUGAAACAUAAACAUCUCAAAAAUGUAACACAUCAAUUACGUUCAGAUAUAUCUAUACUAACAGCUGAAUUACGUGACAAAGCACUAGCUUAUAAUGAAUUAAAGUCAGAUUACAAAUAUGUUAAUAAUAAAAUGAAAGAGUUAACCAAUGAAUUACGGAAAUUGAAACUUGCACUCAUGGAUUUGAAACGUUCCUCACUAUUCUUCCCUGGCAUCAGAUUAGUCAAAGAUAUCUUGUGUAAAAUUCUAAGCGUCUGCCCUGAUCUAGAUGGAGUAUAAACAAAUAGAAAAAUAAAAAUGAUCUAUGUGUCUUUGAGAUAGGAUAACAGAUAAUAUAUUUCUCUUUCAUUUGAUAUUUUCAUCAUGUUUCUUUAUUUUGCGUUUAUUUGGUAUCUCAUCAUUUAAGAUCUCUUCUGUCUUAAAGCUGCUAAUGUUAACAUUUAUACCAAACAAGUAUUUAUAACUUAUCUUCAUUAUGCACAUCAUUCUGAGAAUUGUUUUAAAGUCAUUAUGUUACAGUUUAAACAAUAUCACUUAACCUAUAAUGAAAAUAGUCCGAAAUAAGUUCAAAUACUAACUAAGUGAACUCUCAAGUUUGUCUGUUCUUUUUCACUAAACAAAUAAAUAAUGCGCCAUUA